AUGGGAAUCAAACUAGAUGGGAAAAACUUCCCAGUCUGGUCGAAGUUGAUGCGCGUCGCAGUCGGAAGUCAAGAGAAACUCGACCACAUUGAAGGAGAUAAGGCUCCCCCAGAAACCAAUGAUCCAAAAUUCCAGCAAUGGCAAGCAUCCGACUUCACAGUGUUCUCGUGGCUCAUCAACAACAUGGAGCCACGACUCGUGUUACAGUUUGCUCAACACCAAAUUGCCAAGGCCCCUCCAGGUUUUGAAGAAGACUUUGAGGAUGGGGAAGUCUGUCAGUUUAAGAAGACCUUGUAUGGCUUAAAACAGUCUCCUAGAGCAUGGUUUGGAAGAUUCACAGAAGCAGUGAAGAAAUAUGAUUAUCAACAAAGCAAUGCAAAUCACACACUCUUCAUGAAGAAAAAGAGGGGCAAGCUUACAUGUCUGAUAAUCUAUGUUGAUGACAUGAUUAUUACAGGAGAUGACUCUGAGAAAUAG